AUGGUUUGGGGGAAGAGAUGCUACGGUAAUAGCGACGUCGUGUCGGUGGACAAGGAAGAGGCAGGCAAGCAGCGAACCCAGCAGAUUACGAAGGAGGCUUUACAAGGUCUGAUUGGUGAGAAAAGGACAAAGGGUAAAAAUGGAACUAACAUGAUCGAUCAUUUGCUUUCCCCUGCAGGAGACACAGCUUGA